GGUCGCUGGUGGUAUGACAAGUCAUCUAGUAACAUACGCGUAUUGUCAAGCAUUUAAUGAUUUAUUGGACAAUAUUAAAGUGAUUCAAUAUCUUUUUGAAAAAGCAGUACGAGGAGACAGACAGAAAGACAUGACCAAAGGUAAAAACUAAUGUUUCAAAUAUUUUAAAAAUAGACUUUUAAAUGUUUUGGUUUUAGUUAUAAACGCAUGACUACGAGCAUGCAGGUCUAUGUUCGUAAUGUUAUUGCUGAUGGUCAUUUUCAUUUUUAGAGGAGUUUACAAAAGUAGCACGAAAACAUUUUUUGGUGAGUGCAUCGUACAACUAUAUACAGUAUAAUUACAAACGGAUUUGGCGUUCGUGCACUAAUUUGACACAGUAUACAUAUACUGUACAGGCUGAAAUUUUAAUAUAUAAUCACAUUUUUAUGCUGUCUAUUUAUGCAUUUUAAAUGACAGGUGCGUAGGUUGUACACUAAUGCUCAUUGCAUGCCAUCCACGUUUCAAUACUAUAAUGAACAGCACCCGAACAAGCCACACUGCUAAAGGCUGCGCGGUGUUUGGUAAGAGUCAAAAUGGAUGUCAGGACUCAGGAGUGGGAAAAAUAGUCGCAGGAAAUGUUAAACAGCUGCUGGAAUUUUUUCAUAUUAAAAUUUUGAAAAUUUGAAAGAAACCCUUAAUUUACACUUAAUGUUCCGCCAACUUAUGGUUCACAGACAUCAUUCCCUGAAUUUAAAAGUAUGGUCAACUAGGACACUGUGUUUAGCCACAGAUACUGUAGUACCACAAAGAUUAUUUAGGAGAAUAAGGCGAGAGUAUAAACGUCGAUCAACAGCAAAUUAAUGCUGUUGUUUAAAGAAAAAUUUAGGAGAUUAAUUAAGACGAUACUAUAAACCCAGGUCACACUACACAACGAUAACGAUGCGAUAACUUGUAUACGCGCGCUGAUUGGUCAAAAAUUUAUCGUUAUCGUUCGACUGAAAAAAAAUUCGCUCGGGUGAGCGAUUUUAAAAUCGUUAUCGUCAAACGAUAACUUUAUCAUUUUCUUUGUGGUGUGGACACCAACAUAAUUUCUUUGCCAAUCGUCGCGUGUUUACAAGUUGUCGUAUCGUUAUCGUUGUGUAUACAACUGCAGUGUGACCGGGCCUUAAGGCGAGAAUAUACUGUAAACAUUAAACAACGGAACUCUCAAUUUCUGCAGAAGCGUUCUGGUGUGACCUGCUCUUGCUCUACUUCUAAUUAUAGUCGAGUUUCUGUAUUUUCUGCUUACUAGAUAAAUCCAUUGCAAAUCGAUAUUUUGUUUCACCUGUGUGGUUUAAGGCAUGGCACUGGGUAAGUUUCUUAGUUUAUUUUGAUGACAUGACUGUUAUAGCAAGUGAUGAAAGAGUAAUGCAUUGUAGCUUGCACAACCGAAAUCUUUUGACAUGCAAACUAGUCAAGUAGCCCCUACGGUUUUGACCUAUAUUAUCGUACAUCCAACAAGGGACCAACCAGCGCUUGCAUGUUUACACUUUAAUUCCUUCUACAGUAAAGCAUUCAGAGCGCGUCAAAACGGGUUUGGAAAGAGAUGACUGUACAGUAUAUCUUCCAAAAGAGUAUCUCCCUCUUUUUUGGCGGUGACGUGGCUAAGUUGCUUUUUGUAAACAAACGAAAGCAUCCCAAGCGAUUGAAAGCAUCUCCCCUGCUUAUAAUUGCGUCAUUGUUAAGACCCGCGAAAAAGAAAGUAGUACAGUAUAAGAAAAAUAUAAAUUAUAGUAUUUAUUUCCACUAACCUUUCAGUGGUUUGGUGGUAUACAGUUUCCGGCUACUACACACAUACAGUAUAUGUUCAGGUUAGAUUCCUGGUAAGACCGUUUUAUCACAGGUUUUAUUUACAUUUUUAAAACUAGAACUUUAAACAGGCCUCCGUUAGAGUAGGGGUUGGGUUUAAGAUUGUUAGGGUAGGCUAUAUGGGCAUCGGGACGCCCCCAACUGCUUGGGAUGCUUUCAUUUGAUUGCGGAAAGGAAUUGCGGUGGGGGCUUAUUUUCCAUGCUGUGGUUCUGUACUGGGGGGCUUCUUAGAAGUGGGGCCUAAAAAGAGGCUGGGGCUAAAUCAAUUUUCACGUUUUCUUUGUUAUCUUAAAAAAAAUUACAGAAUCAUCAUCAUUUAUUUAUUUAUUCAACUUCGCCAGGUAAAAUUACACGAAUGCAUGACAUGCAUACAAUACAAAUGCAAUAUUAUACAGUAGUUUUUCAAGUGACGAAUGGCGGGGACACCAAACAGUUAAAACCAAUUAUACUGUGGGCCAUUAUUAGUAUAUAUUUGGAGAAGUUUCCAUACAAUUUACAAUUAUUUAGUCAAAUCAGUAAACGCUACCUACAUAGCACAUUAUAUGAUUGAACAUUUAAAGGAGACACGUUGAGAUUUCGGCUUCUGAAGUCAAUAUAUACUGUAAGUAACUGUUGAAACAUUGGCUCAUCCAUGGUUGUAAUUUUCUCAGGGAUUGCAAUAUUACAUUUGUUUAUUAAGCUAGAGAGGCGAGCGGAAACAUGUCUGAUGUAGGAUUUUGUUUUUACCAGUCGUAUUUCCUUGCUUGAUUUGGAUCACAUUAUUCCCAAACCUAAUGUCUUCAAAGUUUAUUCGGCGGAAAAUCAUCAGGUAUUUAUCAUACUUGUUACAUAUAUUCAUGAGUUUAUUCACGUUUUAUACUGUAGAUUCACUCGUGUAUUCUCUACUGGAUGUGUUCUCUCAUUUUCUCUUGCUUUACUAGUUCACUCAGCACUCGUAUUUUCCUCAAGAGAACGAGAAAGAGAAGCAUAGAGCAUAUUAUUUGCAAGGUUUAGAACAUUUGUAUCGCUUUGUUGUGGGUGGAAUUGGUGGAGGUAAGCCGUUCUGUACAAUAUCUCAUCAUUAAGCCACAACGACGUCAUAUACUGACACAAUCACAAAGUGUAGUUAACCGCAUCAAAGUAACGACCAUAUACAGUAAGAUAUAGGCAACACUAUUUUUCCGAACAAUUUAUGGAACGAAUUAAAUAACACAGUUCCACUUUGCUUCUACGUGAGAGUGGUGCGUGUCUUAUCCGAUACCAUAAACGCUAUAAACGUCCCUUGCAUUAUUAUAUGUGCUUGUAAUACUUUUAUUUUAUUUUUUAUUUUAUAAGAUUCGCCAAACAUAACAGACAUAAAUAAAGACUAAUACUUUACAAAAUUUAUACAUACAAUUCGGGCAGGGACUAACCACAGAGAUAAUAGUGCUGUGCGCCGGAGUUCUGCCGGAGCUCCGGCGGUUUUUCCGACGCCGGAGCCGGAGCAGAAUUUUGUAUGCCGGAGCCGGAGUUACGUUUUCCCAGCUCCGGCAAAAUGACAAGAAAACAACAUGAAAUGAGACAAAUGUCAAACAAUUGUUAGUUACUGCAAACUGCCAAUUGCUGUUAAUGAAUUCAUCAUAGGCUCAAACUGCCACAGCCCACAGGAACAGCGUCGAAAAGCUGUAAUACGAUCGCAACUUGCAAACGUCAUGCUUUCAUGAAGCCAUCUGACUUAGCGCUACAUACUGUAGUCUGUGUAUUCAUGCCUUGUAGAUAACGAAAAAGUACAAAACAAAUAAAUAUCAACCUUUUGAAAAUGACAGAGUACUUUGUUUGCGUGCGAACAAUUGCGCUGUGGAGUCUGAGAGUGUUAGCGUCAUGCCUCGCAUCAUGCCUCGUGUCAAAGAUUUUUCGAGGCUGGUUUCCAUAUAGAUAUUUUCUGCGUGGUUAAGUGUUUUCACUGUUUUGUUUCCUGAGUUAUGUUAUCUGAUAAUUAGGAAGCGCGAAAAGGGUUAUUUAUAAUAAUAUUAAUAAAUGUUCUCUGAUUGUAAAACACUUAUUUAAUAUUAUAUGAUGUGGCCGGAGCCGGAGCUCAGAGCUGUAAUUCGGCCGGAGCCGGAGCCGGAGAUGAAAAACCGGAGUUUGCACAGCACUAAGAGAUAAUCUCCAAUUAUGGGGUCCCUUACAAUAAGUUACAAUAUACCGGUAUAUAUACAUUAAAAACAACUUAUGCUAAAAUGUCAAAAACAUGUCCUCACUAUAAUAAGCUAUCAAGAGACCAAGUUGAAUGGCAUUUGACGCACACUGACUUAAAUGUUCUAGGAUUGUCCGGGUUGUGCCAAUACCAGACUGGGAGAAUACCAAUAGCCCGCGUAGUCGUUCCCUGUAUGUUGUGGCAGUUCUGUAAGGAAGGGAAAGGAUGACGCGACGUUGAGCACAUUCUAUUAACAGUAUGUCGGUGACAGGUUGAGGUGCCCACACCUGGCUGACAUAUCCUAACUUGCUGCGCACUGAGGACAGGUACAAGACCUUUCGCACGUGGAUGUUAUGCGUGUCGGAGGCUGUUCAAUUAAUGAAGCCUAGCAUUGAGCUCGCUUUUGAUGUUAUUUGUUCAACCUGUUUCGUCCACUUGAGAUCUUUUGUGACAACAAUCCCAAGGUCUUUUUGAUGACAUAAUUGCUUCAGAGGACUAUCCAGUAUAGUUUAUAUUCUAUUGUGACUGGUUGGCAACUUCUUGUGAAGCUCAAUACUCCGCAUUUAGAUGUAUUUAAGUCCAUCUUCCAGGUAGUACACCAUGCAAUUUACGAGAUUAUUCAGAUCAUUCUGCAGACCUUCGCAAUCGGGUAAAUCUUUCACUAGACGGUAGCACUUGGUAUCGUCUGCAAACAUUGCCACAGUUGAUUCACCCAAGAUGGAAUGUGGAAGAUCGUUCACAUAUACUAGGAAAAGGAGGGCCCCCAAGAUUGAUCUAUGAGGAACUCCAGACAAUACAGGUAGUGUACCCGAGGUCUUAGCCAGAACAGUGACUCUUUGGUAGCGGUCAGAGAGAUAAUUUUCAAAACAACAGUAGGUCACCUCUUAUUCCAAACUUGUGAAGUUUAGCCAACAAAAGCUUAUGACUAACCUUGUCAAACGCUUUUGCAAAGUCCAGAUACACAGCGUCAACUUAAUUGGUUUCGACUGUGUGCGGAGUUCCGCAGGGAUCAAUUCUUGGCCCCUUGCUGUUUUUAUUAUAUAUUAAUGAUUUACCCGAAUGCCUCGAAAAAACUUCGCCACACCUAUACGCUGAUGAUACUCAAAUUUCUACUUCUGCCAAAACUAUUGAGGAACUUACUGAAAAUCUAAAUAAUGACCUGAAAAAAGUCGGUGAGUGGCUUGCUCGAAAUAAACUGCAACACCACCCAACUAAGACCAAAUUAAUGUAUAUCGGUUCAAAGUAUAAUACUGAUACUAUGACUUAUGAUAUUCCAGUAAUGAUGAAUAACCAAUUCAUAACUCUUGCUCAUUCAUACACAUGCCUUGGGGUUAAACUUGAUGAAAACCUUAAUUGGCAUGAGCAUGCAUGUUGAAAUGAUUUGUAAGAAAGUUGGGGCCGGCAUAGGAGCAAUGCAACGAAUUAAGCCAUAUGUUCCUAUAAAUACCCUGCAUACCAUUUACAGAGCUUUGAUAGAACCGUAUUUUGAUUAUUGUAGUCCAUUAUGGGACGUCUGUAACCAACAGCUGAAAGAUAAGCUUCAAAAGUUCCAAAACCGUGCAGCGAGAAUUAUAACCGGCGCCAGCUAUGAAAUAAGGUCUGCUGAUGUUCUUCGAUCCCUUGCUUGGGAAAAUUUAGAGAUAAGACAACGUACAACUAAAUCCACAUUAAUGUAUAAAGUCCUGAAUGAUUGCGCUGGGCCGAACUUGAAGGAUGCUCUAACGAGAAGGGACCUUGUUCAAACCAGUUAAUCAUAUGUAAACUAUACAAUUAGUGAAAGACUAACAUUCCAUAAUGUAAAAAUAACAAAUAAGCAUUUAUAAUUUUGUCCUAUAAGAUAAGGGUUAUGUAUGUAUAUAUAAAAUUAGCAUAUACUCGGGAGUUGUGUAGUGCUUUUCAAGCAAUUUGAUUGGUUGCUCAGCCCCGCAUAUCCUUGCACUAUUCACCACGGGAAAAAAACAAAAUGGCUUCCCGUUUCGUUCCGGUUACAGACAAGAAGAUGUUUUUACUAAACCGAGCGGCCGUUUCGAAAGCCACAACGUUUUGUUCAACAGUGUGUAGAGGUAUCCUUCAAAGCUACAAUGAAUAAAAGUACUAAAAGCUUGCAAAUACUGUUUUGGUUACAACAUCGUUUACAACUAUUACGGGAGCUGAAAUACAAUUUGUUUUAAAAAUAUUUUCUUUGUUUUUUGGUCAUUUUUGUUUUGUUGUGGUAGAUGCUAAAACAAUUAUUCACCUCAGUGUCGGUGAAUAGUCAAUAGUGCAAGGAUAUUCACAUCAACGCUUCGCGUUUCAGUCCGAGCGCUUGUGAAUAAUGGUAGGUUUAUAUUAGUAUGGCAUAUAUGCAUUGAGAGGUUUGCUCGAAAGGCGCCUCUAUAUGUUAUAUCUGUAGGAUAGUUUUACAUUUAUAAUAACAAGGCCAGUAAAUCUGUUAGUUCGCUUUUUGUGAAAAUGUAAGGCGAGAAUUUUUUAUUCAUUGGUUUACGGAUCCGCCGACCCUAAGUAUUCAGAAAGUAAGAAUUAUAAAAAUUUUGAAUGUCUAAUAAUUCUACGAUUUUAGUUAAUUUGGGGUUCUGCGGAUAUGAAGUACACACACGCCAAGUAAACUUUGUCACUUUGACUCUAAGUACACUGGUGGCUCAUGUUAUCGUUGUGACAAUCAAUAUGGAGAUUAGCCAUGUUUUUCCAAGUAGAAGUUAUUAAAUGUUUAGAAGAUAAAAACAUUGAUUUUAGAUGUACUCAGUGUGUUUUUAAAAAAUUUUCCCGACCGACCGACCUGUUUUUUUUUUUAAAUGUCAAAUCCGUAAACCAAUAAAUAAAAAACAUCUCACCUAAGUUAGUGGAUCUGGUAAUGAUAAAGCGACGUAAGGUGCUAAGGGUAUGUUCUUUGUGUUAAGCCACUGGAGUUACUGCUGUGUACCCAAUCGAUCUUGUUAAAACAAGGAUGCAGAACCAGCGAGCUGUUGGCGCUGAAGACAGAUUAUACAAGAACAGUUUUGAUUGCUUUUUUAAAGUGCUUCGAAAUGAGGGAUUCAGGGGCUUGUAUAGAGGUAUGAUGCUCUUUACCUAAUAACAGGUCACGUUAGACCUUUAUUGACUCAUGUACACGUUAAAUACUUUUGUAGCCAUUUGUUCUUUACAAGCAUCUAAAGAAUAUAAUUAUGAAAAUGUUACUGUAAGUCAUAAUGAGUUUUAGUUGUCAUUGUCGUCGGCUGUGGCGGUGUGCUGGUAUUGUUUACUUUUCUUGUCUUGUUCUUUGUUAAUGUUAAUGUUAAUGUUAAUGUUAAUGUUAAUGUUAAUGUUAAAGGAUUAGUGUCAGGGUCAUGCAUUGCGGGCUUUUGUUAUUGUUUACAUUUUACUCAAAUACAACAAAUAGCGAUAAAAAUACCUUGUUUGGUACAUUUCUGAUAAAAAUUAGACAAAAAGAGCAAGGAUUAGAAAAGGAUCUUUUAAAUAUAUGACGGAUUGUAAAAACUUUCCAGAUCAUCUAAUCUAUUCGUCCCGAAAAAUGGCCACCAGUAGGAGUUUGAGCCCGCGAAUUCCUGGUGUGACACUAAUCCUUUAAUGUUAUUGUUAUUGUUGUGUAAUAAGUGAUGUUACUGUUGUUAUAUAUUAUAGUUGCGGUUGUAAAUUCGCUGUUACUGUUGUUGAUGUACUCUAUGUUGCUGUUAUAUGUUUUUUUGUUGUAUGAUGUUCUAUGAUGUUUUAUGUUGUUGUAUGUUGUUGUUGUUGUUGUUGUUGUUGUUGUUGUUGUUGUUGUUGUUGUUGUUGUUGUUGUUGUUGUUGUUGUUGUUGUUGUUGUUGUUGUUGUUGUACAUGAUGAUCAUUACAGUACAGGUAUAUGUUGUUUAUCCGCGGGCGUGAUGCAUGUAUUUUUAUUUAUUUUAGGUAUAAUACCACAAUUAAUUGGUGUGUCUCCUGAGAAAGCAAUCAAAUUAUCUGUAAAUGAAAUAUUUUUGUAAUUUUUUUUUUUUGGGGGGGGGGGUUGGGGGAGGCAUUGAAAUCUUUAACUUCUCUCUAACUACAAUAAUGGUUUAUUUCUAUUCUUUAUUUCUUGCUGUUUUUCUAGACGAACGAUUUUGUGAGAGACAGAAUGAAAACCGAGGAUGGUUUUAUCUCGAUCAGUGCUGAAAUUGUCGCCGGUGGUUGUGUAUGUAUUCUAUUUUAAUAGGGAUAUAGUGAACCACUUCAGAACAUUACUACAAUUAACGUACCAUUAUACACUCACUGUCAGGCUUCUAGGUCUGGACUAUUCUUUAAUUCCUUUUAAAUAGUAUUAAAUUACGCAUUUUUUAUUUUCAUAUGAGUGAAAUUAGCUGUGUGUCCGAACAGGGUUCGAAUCAUGGAUACAAUGUAGAUUUGUAUUUUGGAAUCCUUAGUAAUUGUAUAUUUUAUGAAAAUUGUUCAAUUUCUUAUAUACCAUUAAGGAUUUGGGAUUGGCUAUAUGCAGGACAAACAAUGUGUGGUAAAAAUGAAAAAAAUAAAGACUAAAGCAUUCUUAAGAGGCUGUCUCCGUAAAAACCUCCAGGUCGAUAUGGGGCUCAAAAAUAGAUUUCUCUCAUAUUCUAGUAUUUUGAAGAUCUAUCCUUGGGAACAACUAAAAUCGAUGUCAUUUUACUCAAAUUUCCUUUAAAUUAUUUUGGGGGGCGAUUGAUGUUCGAUCGACUGGUAACCAACUUGAUACUCCGAAUGAAGGCCAAAUAUCGACAUAUUUUCAGCGCUAUUUUUUAAAUCAAAUUCAUUCCUAUAUUUCAAAAUGUUUGAUCAGAAAUAUAGACUUAUCCUUCUAUUUUCGCGGGUGAUAUGACUUAGAUCAUUAUUCUUUGGUAUAAAAUAGAAAACAGCGCAGUUAUUGACCCUCCUGAACGGAUAAAGGAUAUCAUCUCAAAAUAUGUCAACUUCGAAAGCUUAUUUCAAAAUCGUGGCACUUGAUUGGCACAUGACUUUAACUUUUCUAUAAACUACUAACAUUAGUCAACACAAAUCGCCAAUAAUAUCUUUCUGAUCUACCAUUUGACAAAAAUAACAAGCGCGCAAACUUUGUAAAAUUUGAAAAUGUGUCGAAAUCGAGCAUACUUUAUCGGUAAACAUAAUUAUUGAUAUUAACAGAUAAAAUCACAUUACACUACACUGAAUGAAGCUUGAUUAUGUAAAUAUAUGUCUUUCAUCAUUAUUUUUUGGUUUGGCUCUUGAAUCAAAUUGUUUGAGUACAGUUUGGCUUCACGGAUAGAGUCAUUCAAUGCCAGUAUGUCCAGUGUCUUGUGCGCGCCUCAAUGCCACGAGUCCUGAUUGUGACAUACUAUACAAUCUUCGCUCUGUUCGCUUUGUUUACCUCUUUAACAAAUACCUUUACCUGUUUAACAAAUAACAAUGUUCAAUGAAAUUGGAAAACUCAGAAUUAGUCAUACUACAGACAGAAUUUUCAUCGUUUUUAAACUGUUUUAUUAAAGUUUCGUUAGAAUGUACGAAUUAAAUCUCGGGGAAAACCCCGGGCCCUGGCCGAAAGAAAUCAGAAAUGUAUACUCGCUGUGAUGUCAAAUGUCAAUAUUUCGUUAGUUUCGCUCAGUAUAGUUUUCUAGCAAAUGAAUUGUCUCUAGGUUUAGAAACAAUUAUCAAUGAAACUAGAAUUCAAGUAAGUCACGGUUCUGUAUAAAAAAUCAACUUUUUCAGGCCGACCCUGGAUCACUUUGCUCAAGGCUAUGCUUCAAGAAUUUAUAUUAUUUCUUAUUGUAUAUAAAUAUGCGAAUAUUUUGAUAUAAUACAAAACAAUUCAGCGCAAACAGCUGUAACCGAUUUGAACGUCUCAGUUAUUUAAUCAAUGUUAUUCCUUUUUUCAGUAACAAUUAGAAAGGUUCUGAAAAUUAGAAUUAAUUUAUAUUCUUCUUUCCGACAAGCUUUAAUAAAAGGUGACAAAUUUGCAAGUGAUAACUAAUGUCAUUCUUACACGCCCGCAACUUCGAAGAACAGUCUACUGUGUCUCGGAAUUUUCCACACUCAGAAGUAGAAAAGGAACAUUUCUACAUUAUUGCUUACCGUCAUUCUCAUCUGUCAACAUAAAAUCUACUGUCGGUUGAAAUCGUUUAGGUUUACCUAACGUUGCGUGAUCACAAAUUGCGGCUGUAGUAGAAGUAGAACACCAUUAUUGUAAACACAAAAACCUCGUGCAAUACUGUCUAAGACCACUAUUUAAUUCAAUACAAAGAAAGGGAAAUCAGAGAGCAACGAAACAGUUCAUCGUCAUUUGAUUGACAUGUUUACGCUCAGCGAGUACAUUUCUUUCGGUUAGGAGUUUUCCCCGAGAUUAAUUCGUACAUUUAUAAAACGAAACUUUAUAGAACAGUUUAAGGUAAACAAACCAAUGAAAAUUAUGUCUGUAGUAUGACUAAUUCUGAAUUUUCUAAUUUCUUUGAGACAUUUAAUUUACAGGAGGUAAACAAAGCGAACAGAGCGAAGUUCGUAUGUCACAAUCAGGACUCAUGGCAUUGAGGCGCGCAGAAUUCGAACACACUGGACACACUGGCAUUGAAUGACUAUCCUUGAAGCCAAACUGUACAGUCAAACAAUUUCAUUCGAGUGCAAAACCAAAGAAUAAUGAUGAAAGACAUAUAUUUACAUAAUCAAGCUUCAUUCAGUGUAGUGUAAGGUGGUUUUAUUUGUUGAUAUCAAGAAUUAUGUUUACCGAUAAAGUAUGCUCGAUUUCGACACAUUUUCAAAUUUUACAAAGUUUGCGCGCUUGUCAUUUUUGUCAAAUGGUAGAGCAGAAAGAUAUUAUUGGCGAUUUGUGUUGACUAAUCAAUCAAGUGCCACGAUUUUGAAAUAAGCUUUCGAAGUUGACAUAUUUUGAGACGAUAUCCUUUAUCCGUUCAGGAGGGUCAAUAACUGCGCUGUUUUCUAUUUUAUACCAAAGAAUAAUGAUCUAAGUCAUAUCACCCGCGAAAAUAGAAGGAUAAGUCUAUAUUUCUGAGCAAAAAUUUUGAAAUUUAGGUAUGAAUUUGAUUUAAAAAAUAGCGCUGAAAAUAUGUCGAUAUUUGGCCUUCAUUCGGAGUAUCAAGUUGGUUACCAGUCGAUCGAACAUCAAUCGCCCCCAAAAAUAUUUUUUAGGAAAUUUGAGUAAAAUGACAUCGAUUUUAGUUGUUCCCAAGGAUAGAUCUUCAAAAUACUAGAGUAUGAGAGAAAUCUAUUUUUGAGCCCCAUACUCACCUGGAGGUUUUUACGGAGACAGCCUCUUAAUACCCUGUUUCCCCCAAACGGUUUUUUAAGCAUUCUUUUUGAAGUGUGUAUAAUAAUAAUAAUAUUAUUUUAAUUUAUAUACAGUUCCAAUACAGUUCUCCAUGUUUUCAAUAACAGUAUAGAUUCACUAGUUUUGUGAUUAGGGCAAAAUGAAAUGUAGAUCUCAUGCACUGUCGUCUGCAUAGCAGUGAACAUUUGGAAGAUGUUUUUUUAAUAAUUUCUGAUAACUUGCUAUUGUAGAUCGUAAAUAGCAAUGGCCCUAAGCAAGAUCCCUGUGGUACACCAUGUUCGAUGUCAAACCUUUUUGGACGUGUUUCAUUAAUUAUUACAAAUCGAGUUCUUCCCGAUAGAUACGAGGGUAACCACAGCAGAACUUUGUCCUGAACACCAAUUAGUGUUUAGAACGAUAACCUAAUUGCUAAUUCAAAAGAGUCAAAAUGAUGGUAAAGGGGCCAUUUUUUGUCAUUUUGACCCCAGAAGGCCAGAACGACCCUUUUCCCGUCGUUUUCACUUUGAAUUUACAGUGCAUAUCAGUACCAGUGCAAGUUUCUGUUUUUCUCGUUAGGCGGGUGCAUCUCAAGUCAUGUUCACCAAUCCGAUCGAAAUCGUAAAAAUCCGUCUGCAAGUGGCGGGCGAGUCAGGUCUGAAAGUCAAUGCGGUGAAUAUCGUCAAAGAACUUGGUCUCAAAGGUCUUUACAAGGUUUGAAUCAGGAUACUAUAUAGGAUACUGCAGUCUGAACGCUGAAUAAACAACCAGUUCGUAAUGUCGAAUGCGUAUCCAAAUGCAGCUGAAAUUGAAUGAAUAUGAAAAUAUCAAAACUGGAUGUACUCAAUUGUUCAAUGGGACUGAACUGCAAUGCGACUUGAAUAUGCAGAAAUUGCUCGAAGUACGGCGCAGAACGCGUCAUGGGAUGCGCAGUUGACACUAUAAACUGGUAUAUAUAGAUUAAGAGUUCAUUUAAAGAUUCCUUUAUUUAUACAGAAUACUUUCUUUUUAAUGAAGGGAGCAAGAGCUUGUUUUCUUCGAGACAUUCCGUUUUCCGCAAUCUACUUUCCAGUGUACGCCCACUUGAAGUCAAGUUUCUCUGAUGAAAAUGGCUUUACCAAGUGGUACAAUCUCCUUGCUGCAGCCGCAAUUGCUGGUAAUUUUUGUCUACUUGGUAGUUCCAAUUUUACCAUAUUUUGGAGUUUAUAGUAGAGCAUGGUGUACACUUUUUUUUUGUAAUAAACGGUUUUAAAAUAUUGAACAAGGACACAAGAAACACAAGUAGGAGAUACAGUUAGAGCGCGCUUUCCCGUACUGCUGAGGUAAAGUUUGCCACUUCAUUUCAAAGAUGGGUGGCUACUACGCACAGACUUGAUAUGUUUGAAAACUCAUUUUAUUAAAUGGUCCCCUCCGGUUUUCCUUCCUCACCAAAAACUAAACCUUUCGUCUUAGUUAUGCUCCAUGAUAUGACAUGGGUCAUAUGGGUGGCAACUAGAGGCGAUCUAGUAUCAGCCCUCGAUACGAUCACGUUUGGUUGACAGUAUAGGUUCCUAGGUUCCUUACAAUUCAGUACACAGCUUUCUCCCUAAAUUUACACUGUAAACAUUUAAUAUAUUUUAGUGUAUAGAGAAUCUUUGCAGAGCGGAGUAAUAUUGUAAUCGUGUUUAUUACAUAGGCUGUCCAGCUGCAUUCUUUUGUACACCGUUUGAUGUAGUAAAGACUCGUCUUCAGGUCAGUAACGUCUUUCUGUAACUCCUGGUAAUAAUCCACGGUUCGCACUCCAAAUGAAUUCGCAGUUUUUAGCAAUUUCGUUAUUUUUGAACUUUUAUCAUCAGGUAAAAGCACGUCAAGGGCAAGAAUCAUACCGCGGUGUUAUCGAUGCCGCGUCGAAAAUUUGGAGGCAAGAAGGAGGUCGAGCUUUCUGGAAAGGAGGACCAGGUACGUACUGUAUGGUGGUCAGCUUGAAAGGUUCUGAUUCACUAUUAUCAACAAAUUAAGUCAUUUUAUAAAUCGACCCUAAAAUUAACAAUAAACUAACGAACAAACAUUGAAUCUGAAAAUUAAACAACAACGGCGGCGACAACAACAACAGCAGCAGCAGCAGCAGCAGCAGCAACAACAACAACAACAACAACAACAACAACAACAACAGCAACAACAACAACAACAACAACAACAGCAACAGCAACAGCAACAGCAACAGCAACAACAACAACAACAACAACAACAACAACAACAACAAGUAGUGAGAAAACAGUUUAUAGAAUAUAUAGAUAAACACUUCCAUUAUAAUUACUGUACUGUAUAUUAUUAAGAAGAUGGUAUACUUAAUUUUGGUACCAGUUAUUAGAUACAUUUCUUUCAUAAUUUUUCAGCUCGAGUUUUCCGUUCCUCUCCUCAAUUUGGAGUUACUUUGUUGACGUACGAAAUAAUUCAGCGACAUUUCUACUUCGAUUUUGGCGGGUAAGAUAGUUUUGUUACUUUGGACGAGAAAAUCUAUUGGAAGCUAUUCAAUUUGCCAGGAUCCCAUUGUCAGCAUCGAUUUCAAACUUUUGUUUCGUGCGCAGUCAAGGAAGCUAAGCAAGCGUCCAUAGGAUCACAAUUUUGUCUCCAUUUCAAGCUAAUGUUUCGUGUACAGUCAAGCUGAUUUUGCAAGUGUCUAUAUUAAAGCCGGUUUUCCAAUAGGCGCAAUCUUGCGCGCGGAGUGGAAUUUUUCUUUGUCUUUUCUAAUUAGUUCCAUCCGAGAAAUCACAAGAGAAAAAUUCCGCUCCGAGCGCAAAAUUCCACGUACUGGAAAAUCGGCCUACAGGUAUGCUGUAUACACCAUUUUGUUUUUGACAUUUAGUGCUCCUAAAACGGAAAUGAAGCCAGUCAAUCCUGACAUAUCACUUCAUGCAGACCAUAUUGGUGGAUUACGUUUAGCUGUUGCGUCAUUCGCUGGAAUAGAAACUAAAUUUGGACUAUGUCUUCCUGUUUUUCAAUCUCCGAGUGAUAGAGCUAAGAAAUAAUAUAGAAUUUCAUACUCCUGUUAAAUAUAUAUAGAAUGAAAUCAUAUCAAAGAAUUCUUAACUACCAAGCACCAUUUAAUAGAAAUUAAUUUGCAGUAUGAUUUCUUGUUUUUUAACCUCCAAGUAAUAAGAUCGUUCAGUCUAAGAAGUACUACAAUUUCAUGCUCUUGCUAAUUGGAAUAUUUCCAGAAAUCAUCUUUGCGAAUUCUGAACCAACGUUUGUAUAUUAAAGCAUGCAUUUUUAUAGAGCUCAUGCAGUGAUUCAGAAUUCAUUUUUUUCUCUUCAAUUCUCUUCUGCCCUUUUACAGUAUAUUAUUAUCAUCACAGUAUGUUAAAUCAUAUGGAA